AUGGCGACGUACUUUCAUGGAAAUUCAGAAAUCCAAGGCGGAGGAGAAGCUUUACAGACGCUAAUUCUCAUGAACCCUGGCUACGUUGGAUACUCUGAUACACAACAGCCACCUCCGGGAAACAACUUCGUGUUUCUCAACCCCAACACCGCCGGAAACUCUCUUAACCCCACCACUUUAUCGCACGCGCCACCCUCUCAAACCCAACAAUUUGUCGGCAUCCCACUUCAGGCAACCGCCAACACCACAGCUUCGGCAUCAACCCAAGACCCUCAUCAUCAUCACCCUUCAUCUGUCCAUUUCCAGCAUGACUUCUCGGUCCAUCAUGGCUUCAUGCCUCGCCUUCAGUACAAUAUGUACAACCCUAUUGACCUCACGGCGGCGCGUGAGAAUUCACGCGCUCAACAGGGACUGUCUUUGAGUCUUUCUUCUCAACAACCAGGAUAUGGGUCUUUCAGAACUGAACGUGCAUUACCAUCUCAGGCCACGGUGACCACGAUUUCACCUACUAAUGGCGAUGAUGUGAGAGUUCCCGGUGGGUCUUCUUCGUCGGCGUCGGGGAUUUCAAACGGUGUUAAUGGCAUGCAAAGUGUAUUCUUGAGUUCAAAGUACUUGAAGGCUGCACAAGAACUAUUGGAUGAAGUUGUUAAUGUCGGUAGAGGAGUUAAGAGCACUGAUCAAUCAGCUAAAGGGGCUAAAAUGCAAACCAAGACCAGUGAAGAGUCAUCGGAAGUGGCAGCCGGAGAAAGACAAACCGGAGGAGAAUCUGGGGCUAAACGCAGCGCUGAGCUUUCCACGGCGGACAGACAAGAAAUUCAGAUGAAGAAAGCAAAGCUUGUUAACAUGCUUGAUGAGGUGGAGCAGAGGUACAGGCAAUACCACCACCAGAUGCAUAUAGUAAUUUCAUGGUUUGAGCAAGCAGCAGGAAUUGGUUCAGCAAAAACCUACACAGCUCUAGCUUUACAGACAAUCUCAAAGCAAUUCCGGUGCCUGAAAGACGCGAUAACUGGUCAAAUUCGAGCUGCAAGCAAGAGCUUAGGCGAAGAAGAUUGUCUGGGAAGGAAGAUUGAGGGUUCAAGGCUCAAAUUUGUCGAUAAUCAGCUCAGGCAACAGAGAGCUCUACAACAAUUGGGAAUGAUCCAACACAAUGCUUGGAGACCCCAGAGAGGAUUGCCUGAGCGUUCUGUUUCUGUUCUUCGGGCUUGGCUCUUUGAACACUUUCUCCAUCCUUAUCCCAAGGAUUCAGACAAAAUCAUGCUGGCAAAACAAACAGGGCUUACCAGGAGUCAGGUGUCUAAUUGGUUCAUAAAUGCUCGAGUUCGGCUUUGGAAGCCAAUGGUAGAAGAUAUGUAUAUGGAAGAAACCAAGGAACAAGAACAGAAUGGAUCAGAGGACCAAAAGAAUAUAAGUGAACACCAUGAAGAUUCAGCAUCAAAGUCGAAUGCUUCACAAGAGAAAAGUCCUGGUGCAGGAAAUCAAAAGAAAAGUUUCAAGUCCAAACAAGAUGCUCCAACAAACCUGAAUACUCUAGCAGUUUCACUUUCCAGAGCUUCAAACUCCCCAACUGCAGUAAAUCUGCAAAACCACUCUGCUUUCUCUCUCAUUCGGACAUCGGAAAUGGGAAGCUUUACACAAGGAAGUCCCCAGAAACCAAGAAUCACUGACAUCGUACAUUCCCCUAGUCAUGUUCCAUCAGUGAACAUGGAUGCCAAGCCCGAGGACACAAACACCGAGCACAUGUCCAUGAAAUUUGGCAAUGAAAGGCAAAGCACCGAGGGUUUUACACUAAUGGGAGCCCCAACAAACUUCAUUGGAGGAUUUGGGUCAUACUCAAUUGAGGAAAUGGGAAGGUUUAGUGCUGAGCAAUUCCCAGCAACGUAUUCGGGCAAUGGUGUCUCUCUCACUCUUGGCCUUCCGCACUGUGAAAACCUCUCCAUGCCCGGAGCCCGUCAAACUUAUCUCCCUAACCAAAACAUCCAAUUGGGAAGAGGAGUAGAAAUAGGGGAAGCAAAUGAGUUUGGCACUAUAAAUACUCAAAACAUCUUCUCACUGAUCAACCAUGUAUGAUAGCAUCACCAUUCAAACCCGGAAGAGGUUUCCUGCAACAGUGUUGCCAGACUUUUGUGGCUUCGUUGAUCAGUUCAAGAGAGCGGGGGGGGGGGG